AGAUGCGUGUGAUUGCUACUUAGUUCAAGCAUAUGAAGUACUAAAAAUACUUGAAUUGCGAAUUUAAGAGUAAUUGGCGAUUGCAAACCAAUACUAUCCGUCACCACAACGUAACCAUGGUCUUGUUACUUGUUACUUGUUACCUAUGCCAAAUGUGAGAGAGGCUUUAUCUAGUUUUAUCUAUGUAGGUGUUUAGUUAUAUGCAUUGUUGUUAAAUAUUUUGAAUUCCUCCGAAUGGGGUUGAUUAUUUUUCAAUAAAGAGCAAAAUAUCAGCUGAGGAAUGUCUGCAAUAAAUACAAAUGCUCCUUCAUCAGCAGAUGCCUGUCUAAGUAUUGUACACAGUUUGAUGUGCCACAGACAGGGUGGAGAAAGUGAAGGUUUUGCAAAAAGAGCUAUUGAAUCUUUGGUAAAGAAAUUGAAAGAAAAAAGAGAUGAGCUGGAUUCACUAAUCACAGCUAUUACAACGAGUGGAGCACAUCCUAGUAAAUGUGUUACUAUUCAAAGAACAUUAGAUGGUAGAUUACAAGUAGCAGGAAGGAAAGGAUUUCCUCAUGUAAUCUAUGCUCGAAUAUGGAGAUGGCCAGACUUGCAUAAAAAUGAACUGAAACAUGUAAAGUACUGUCAAUUUGCAUUUGAUUUGAAAUGUGACUCAGUUUGUGUCAAUCCUUAUCAUUAUGAAAGGGUUGUUUCACCUGGUAUUGAUCUCUCAGGUUUAACACUUCAAUCGGGAACUCCAAGAUUAGUUAAAGAUGAAUAUACUCCUACAGCCGUUACUGCUAACAGCAUGGAAAUUGAUGCUGACAUGGGAAUCAAAUAUUCUCCAACAAUACAACAUCACCCUCCACAACAAAAUUUCACAUUAAGUGGACUUCAAUCGCCUCCUUCAAAUCAGAAUCCAGUACAACCCCCACAGGAAGCUAUACCACAUGGCUUAGGCCAAAAUCCAGUGCAACCAACACAAGAAACUAUACCACAUGGCUUAGGUCAAAACCCAGUGAGACAACCACCACAAGAAACUAUACCGCAUGGCUUAGGAAUCAACUCUCCCAAUCAUAUUAGUUCUGAUGUAAGCAUAGCAGGUUUACUGUCAUCUCAACCUGCUCCUGAAUUUUGGUGUUCAGUGGCUUACUUUGAAUUGGAUACUCAAGUAGGAGAAACUUUUAAAGUACCUUCAAAUUGCCCAAAUGUAACUAUAGAUGGAUAUGUAGAUCCUUCAGGAGGUAAUCGAUUUUGUCUUGGAGCUUUAAGUAAUGUCCAUAGAACUGAACAAAGUGAGCGAGCAAAACUACAUAUUGGUAAAGGAGUUCAGCUAGAUCUUAGAGGAGAAGGAGAUGUAUGGUUGAGGUGUUUAAGUGAUCAUUCAGUCUUUGUACAAAGUUACUAUUUGGAUAGGGAAGCUGGAAGACAGCCUGGAGAUGCUGUGCAUAAAAUAUACCCUGGAGCUUAUAUUAAGGUCUUUGAUUUACGACAAUGUCACCACCAAAUGACUACACAAGCAGCAACAGCUCAAGCCGCUGCUGCGGCGCAAGCUGCUGCUGUAGCUGGACACAUACCCGGACCACAUUCAGUAGGUGGAAUAGCACCGGCUAUAAGUUUAUCUGCUGCAACCGGAAUAGGUGUUGACGAUUUGCGUCGACUUUGUAUUUUGAGGCUAAGUUUUGUUAAAGGUUGGGGACCGGAUUACCCCCGUCAGUCCAUAAAAGAAACGCCGUGUUGGAUUGAGGUACACCUUCAUCGAGCUUUACAACUUCUCGAUGAAGUUUUACACACAAUGCCUAUUGAUGGACCGCGACAGUAGACGAUAGUUUUCACAAGAAUCGAUUCUUUUUCUAUUAAAAUUCAACAAAAUUUCCCAUAUUACGCAGCAUCAUAAAAAUUGUUCAUAUAUGAAAAAUGUAAUAAAUGGGAGAAUUUUGAUUGUGUUUAUAUCAAAAGUUCAAUGCAAACCCAAUUCAAAUUUAACAAUUUGUUAAGUGGAACCAGUAAUCUCGAAACUUUAUAUUUUAAGAUUGAUGAGAAGCAGCUUGAAAUAUAUGCUUACAAACAAUUUCUCUUUUAUAGAUAUUUUUUAUUUAUCUUCAGUUCUAAGUAGUAAAAUUAGUAAAAGGAAUCGAUUCCGACAUCACUGAAAAAUACAUCACCACACAUAAAUUUGUUAUUUGCCAUAAGUUAUAUAUAUAUAUAACUUUUUAACCAAUAUACAUAUAUAUAUAUAUAUAUAUAUAUAUAUAUAUAUAUAUAUAUAUAUAUAUAUAUAUAUAUAUAUAUAUAUAUAUAUAUAUGGAUGUUGGUUAAAAAGAUUAUAGUUCCAUGGAAUAAUAUACAUACUAUCCCAAAUAAAAAUAAUGAAUCCCAAUGAAAUUCUUACAUAAUAUUUGAUAAAUACAUUAAAUAUAAAUUCGUGGUAUGCAGAAAAUUUAUUUGAAGCCGGAGCAAGUGACAUUAAUCUUUCAACUUUUUCUACUGUUUUCACACAUAAGUUUCCAUCAACACAGGUUGUUAACUAAUAUUCAAAAAUGCAUAGACUCGUAGAAGAAUUAAAAACCAAAACUUCUGCUAUUGAUUUCCUCUGUUAACAGAUAGCAGUUACCUAUCUAUAGAUAUUUUUUAUCAUUAAAGCUUCUUCAGACACGAUUUCCCAUUUUUAUGUCAUGCUUAAAUGGUUCACACAAAAUUGUUUGAUAGCUUAAUAAAUGUUUCACUGAAACGAGGAAUGUUUCUAAAAAUGUUUUUCAGGCAUUUCUGGUUCAAAAAAAUCACAUAAAAUAUGGAACUGAAAAACGGAGACAUCUGCGUUUUAUUUCAUUGUUAAACAUUUUUUAAGUUUUAUUAGGAUAUGGCACUAUCAAGACUGGGUAUAUGGGUAACUGGAAGUAAGAAUUCUUUUGAUUAUUAAUUUUAGUUAGGAUUUUAGAGAGAUACAGUUACUCAUUUGGAUACAAGUUAUGUUAGUUCUAUAAAAGAGAUUUUAGAAUUUUUGUCACGAUAGUAUUUUACUUUCGUUUUUUCAUUAAAGGAGUAUCGGGAGGCCUAUGUUUGCAACGGCUCGUAACAGCCUCUGUCAUAAAUAUGAACUGUUACUUCCGUUUUUUGGUGUUAUGAAUUACUCUUACAAAGAUUCGCCUUGUUUUAAAAUAACGAAAAAAAAAUUAAUUUCUAUAUUUAAAUAUAGAUUAAUUGGCAUAUAAAGUGAAAUGUGCAAAAAGUGAAAAUAUACUCUUUUCAUUUGUUGCACAUUGUACUAUUGCAUAUUAUUCAUUUUUGUGAAAUGAAAAACCUACUUAAAUUUUUCAAUGCUAGUGACAAUUUUGACAUUUAUAAACAGGUGCAACUAUAAAAUAUUUGAUGCUAACAUCUUCAUAUUAUAAUCCAAUCAAAUCUAUUUGUGAACUUUUCUUAUGCAAGUCUUUUUGUAAAUAUAAGUCUUCGUAUUGGACGUUUCUAAGGGUACUAUGCUAUUGGUAUAUGUAUUUUUAUUUAAUAAAGAAUAUUUAUAAUUAGUAGUUGAAACAAAGAUGUAAUCGUUUAUAUUUCAAAUUAAUUUGAAAAUUAUGUGAUAUAGUUAUUUUACUUUAAUUAUAUGAUUUGCUUUUAAGUUCUGUCUUUCAUAAAUUACACUGGCACGUAUCUAUUUUGGCUCUCUGAAAAUAAAUCGCUAUAUCACCUUCCAGUUUUUUAAAUUGCAUGUGGUAAGUUAAUCGCAACAAUUGACAGCUUAUCUAUUUUUACGAUAGAUAGAAGUUAACGUAAUCUUUUAUUGAAUAUUCAUUUUUCUCGUGUAUUUUGACCUGUUGAAUACGAAUCAGUAAUUAGAUUUAACUCAUCGGCUUUAUCUUUCCUCAAACACGAAAAUCCGUCGAACAAAUCGAUCUUUUAUGAUUUGUGUGUUGCUUAUCAAGUUUAAAACUCGAAUUUCCAUCUUUCUGUAUGUAAUUUCAAUUACUGAAGACGAAUUUGCAUUAAAAAAUACAAAAUGAACGAAUCACUAAAAACGCUGGUGGUGACAAAGAUUAAUUCUUUUCUCCGUUUGUAACAUACACUUCUAUUUUCUAACGAUCUGUGUAGUCGAUUUCUGAUUCUCUUCAAGCAGGUCACAAUACCUGAAAUGAAUGUAUUUCCAAUACAAGAUUAUUGGAAGUGUGAUAGAGCGAUUCUGAGAUCGGAUUCGUGUUUGGCGAGUCAGAAUAUAUAGGAGACAAGCGUUGCUUACGUAGGUCAGACACUUCGUUUUUUUUUGUGUACCGGUAUUAUUCUAAUAAUUGGCUAUAAAUAUUUUUGAGUAUUUAAAAUAAUGAUGUGGGUGAUUGAACUUGCUUAUUUAUAAUAAAAAGUUUCACUGUAGUGAUUGAAGUAUGUAAAUAGAUUUUUAGUUGAAGCAAUAAUAUGAUAAGAGAAAUAAAAUUGGCACAUUAGCAAUACUCUUUAAUGUACUGUUACUACAACCAAUAUACUUUAUGCGUGAUUUUUAACCAAUCUUGCAACACAGGGUAAAAAAAGUAGAAAAAUCAGAAAAAAAUCAGCACCACAAAAUUGAAAUAUACUCGUAUAAUGACUCUCACCCCUUCAACAAUCGAUUUUAUUCCUCACAUCCUUGAAGUAAUUUCUACUUAGUGAUUCACUGUUAUAGAUAACAUCAAAACCAUCGCUAAACAUUAUACAUAUUUUUUUAAAACCACAAAUACUGGUAUGCUGCAUUUUUGGAUAUAACUUUAAAAAUGUUUGACAUAAAUUACAGUAUUUCACGCCAUAACCUUAGGUGUACCCAAUGUAAACGAGCUUCGACCAAUCCAGAUUAUACAACUGAUGGUACUGAUAUUUUAUUAUCUCACCAAGCCAGGAAGCCACAUGUCUGGCUGACAUAUUUAACGGAACUAUAAGAAAAAGAGUGUGUCACUUAUUCGGGGAUACAUAUUGGACAGCUCGGAUAAGCAUCUGUCGUGGUAUUAUCGGUUUUCCUUGUCCAUUAACGUUAUCGUCACUGGCUGAAACAAAACAUAUAUCAUAUUUUAAAGUAUCCAAAAAUCAGUGUCGGAACGGCGUACCAUUAUCAUGACACUAAAGUAGAAUUGAACUUUUCUGUAGAGACGAGCAUUCUCAAGAUAAAGUUGGAAACCGAGCUGUAGAUGUGUAAUACUUGCAGAGUAUAUAGCUUUUUGUUCAUAAAGAGGGCCUUAGCUAGUUCGAUCAAUUGACUAUACUCAGAGAUAUACCCAUAUUAUCAUUCCAAGAAACAUUUGCUUAGAUAAUAAUAAAGUUUCUCAUAAAUAUUCAUGUAUUCAGUUGAGGCCUUAUUCUAUUCACACAAAUAAAUUAAACCAGAAGAAAUGGUAAAUUAUAUUUAAUAGAUUCCUUGUUUGUUAAUGUUAACAAAAAAAAAACAAACCAUAAAACAAGUUAGUUUUAAGAGCUGAUCACAUUACUUAAGAUGGAAAAAGUUUGGUGAAAAGUUGGUAUCAUGACUUACCAAAUAAUACUAAAUUCUUAGUAUAUAUCGUUCAAUUAACAGAUAUGGCCAAAUAACUUGAAAGCUAUGAUUUGUAAACCAUAACUAGUGCAAAGGUAUAUAGACCUACAUUGUCAUCUCCAAAAAACAAACUUAAUACAGUUACUAGACUCAACGUUAGGCAAGCUAUUUGAAGUCAAAACUUUCUAGACUAAUGCCUAAGUCCAAAUAUAGACUCUCAUAUUUUUAGAUGUUUAUAAUAGUGAAAAUUCGAGUCUACCACUGAACGUUAUGCAAAAUCAUGUGCAUGCUAUAAUCUCUAUUUUUAACAUAAAAUUUCAAACCAAUUAGAUUGUGAAAACUCAUAGAAUGGGCUUUAUCCGAUGACAUUUUCCAAAUAUUUUUUAUUGUUUUUUCCUCGCUUUAAUCAUUAUAUUAUAUUGUAAAGCUUUAUUUGUAUUUGAAAUGUGGGGAUUUAGGAGUAUGAAAAUUACUAGAACCUGCAAUAUAGUUAAAUGAUUGAAUCACCUGUUUUUUAUCAAUUAAAACAUUAUUACAAAUUAUUUAAAGUACUUGAAAUAGUUCAAUAUGCAACUAAUACAGAAAAUGUCGGGGCCAGCUCACAAUUUGAAAUACAAUAAUUCGUGUAGGUAGUCAGAAAGUAUAAUUUUUUAUACAGUUUUCAAUAUUUCUGUGAAUAGUACUCUCAUAUUAAUUUAUUUUAUUUGAGAAAAUGUAUAUGUUUUUAUAAUUGAAUAGAAGUCUUAGUUAUCUUUAGUUAUAUUUUACUUUAAAUCGAAUUCAUGUCAUAUAUAAAUGAAUAUUCGUGAUUUAUCCUAUUCAGAAGCAAUAAGUAGAUACGUCGAAAUGAUUGGUAUUGUACCAAUACCAGUGUUAAUUUUCCAUCAGUUUAUUAUUGCUUUUGGUUUAUAUUAUGUAUACUGCAAUUUUGAUUUUAAUAAGUAUAUAUUUUAUUCAAAUUACUGCACGUAAAUAUAUAUUACCUCCAAGAAUUUGAUAUUCAGUUAGGUCCAUUAAAAUAAUUAUUUGAACGCAGAUGUUAAUUAUAUAUUUCAUAAUCAGUUUUAGUAUUUGUGAACCAAAAUCAUGCAAAAUUUUAGUAUUAAUGAAAUAUAUCAAGUCAACGGUAAUUUUUAUUUACCGUAUAUUCAUCAUUUAUUUUUGCAAUGAUAAAACGUGUCGCUUAAUGUGUUCUUCGUAUCAGAUUCCUGCCGUAUAACACAGUGGAUUUUGAUUAAAAACUAUCCCAACUUAAAUCAUUGCGAGAAACAAUUGAAUUGUACUAUUAUUAUAAUAUUUUACUAUUUUUCAAUCAGAACAGUUAAUUUAAUUUUUUCAAAUAUCUGAUGCCUGACAUUAAGCAAAAAGAAGUUCCAUUUUCAUCUUAUUUUUCGUUUUUUUGUACAGAAUUUGUUUGAAUGAUCGAGGUAGAGUAGUUUUCUUUGAAAAUAUCGCUUGUAUAAGAACCUAGUCUAUUUGUUACGAGAUAUCCUAUCAACAUAACUAAUUUGUUUGAUGUAAGUAUUCUUCGAAGUCCAUACUGUUUAAAAUACUGCACAAGGUGUAUAAUAAAAGUUGUUUAAGAAUAUGACGAUGUUCAAAUGUCGACCUAAUAAAAUCUGAUAUUAUAGUUAACAAAAGUUGAACCGUUUAUAACAACUUUAUAAUGACUGUAAAUAAAUAAAUAUUGAUACUGUGUACAAAUCAUUAAGCUGCAUAGUACAGACGAUUAUUUUUCCACUGGCUUUAAUUGGUGUCAUCAAUCAUUGAACUAUCUAUCCAUUCUUACCAACAAUAAGAAAUAAAUUUAUUGACAUUGAGUGAGAAUUGUGCUACCACUCAGUACUUUUUUUCUGAAAUGUUUGAAUUUCCUCGUUAUAUGCAAUGCGAAGGACAAUAUUCUCGCCAUGUCGAUUUUGUGAAUUUUUUAUUUUAAGCUUUUUAAUAAGAGAUUAUCGUGAAACGCCCUAUACAUGUUAUAGUAUAUUGAAGCAAUUGGUAUAACUUAUUUAAGAUGAUGUAGGGUGGCUCAUAUUCGAUUUUGAGUUAAGAAUAACUUCAUACUUUCAUAAUUGCCUUUUGCACAACACUGAAAAUAUUUGUUUAAUUUUUAAAUUUAUUUCAUCUGAAUAAUGAAAUCGAAUAUGAAUUCCCCAAAAGCAGUCUAAACUGCUAACAGCAAGAUUCAGGACAAAAAAUCGAAUUGAGUAAAUGUAACUAAUAUAUUUUGGCAAUUUUGCUCACAAGUUUUAUUGUUCUCAGUUUAUUUUUAUAUAUAUUUUUUAGAUGAUGUAUAAUAUUUAUAUAUUCUGUAAUUUUCAAGUAUUUUUAAGCAAGAGAAAGUGUGAUAUUAAAAAAAUAUUAUUCUUA